UAUAGGGUACGCGAGUACAAUUUAUUGAUUGUAACACGACACUUUUUAUUUUAUUUUUAUUUUUUGUAUAUGGCCUCACCAACCCAAUCAAUACAUGCAAGAGAACCUACACUGAAUACAGAUGUUGAUGAUCCUUCUCAUCCUCUUCAUCAUCAUCGUCGUAUUGUCACUGACUUUGAUUAUGGGGAUAUCUUAGGUGAAGGAUCGUAUUCAACUGUCUUGAUUGGCAGAGAUAAACGUACAGGAAAGCAUUAUGCUGUCAAACGCCUUGAUAAGGCUCAUAUUGUCAAAAACAACAAAGUCAAAUAUGUCAUGAUCGAGCGCGAUGCCCUCAGCCGAAUGAAUCAUCCGGGCAUCGUUAAACUCUAUUGGACUUACAAGGAUAACCGAAGCCUCUAUUUUGUAUUAGAUUUAGCAAAAAAUGGGGAGCUUUAUACCUAUAUUAGAAGAUUGGCACCCUUUGAUUUAGAGACAACCAGAUUUUAUGCAGCCGAGAUAUUACUUGCUAUUGAACAUAUACAUCAAAAAGGAGUGAUUCAUAGAGAUAUUAAACCAGAAAAUAUUUUACUGGACGAUCAUUUACAUAUUAAAAUCACUGAUUUUGGAUCUGCCAAAAUUCUAGAAAAAGAAGAGAAUGAAGAAGAACCUUCUGCUGCGCGUUCUUUUGUAGGCACAGCAGAAUACGUGUCUCCUGAAUUACUUCGUAGUGAUCCUGUGUCUAAAGAGGCGGAUUAUUGGGCAUUAGGAUGUGUGAUCUACCAAAUGUUGUCUGGAAAAUCACCUUUUAAGGCAGCCACAGAUUACUUAAUAUUUCAAAAGAUCAAAAAUUUAGAGUAUACAAUGCCUGAUGAUUUUCCAGAAACUGGCAAAGAUAUUGUUCAACGAUUGCUUGUGUCUGAACCAGAGACAAGAUUAGGUGCCACAGGAAUCCAUGCGAUUAAAGAUCAUCCAUUUUUUGAAGGCAUCGAAUGGAACACACUCUUUCAAUCCACACCUCCCAACCUAAAAGAAAGACUCGAGACAGAAGCUAAAUUACACCCAGUGAUACCACCCAAAUUUGACCUUGAUAACAGCGAUGAUGAAGAAGAAGAAGACGAUAUGUGGUUUGGAUCUGAUAAGCCUAAUACAUCUACUUACACAACACCUAUCAAAACAAAGCACAUUCAGCUACAAACUCAAGAAAAGAGAUCAAGCCAAUUAAGCAGCACAGCAUCUUCUACAGCCAGUAUACCUGAAAGAUUAGGUGGACAAGCACACCCACCAUGGGUGCCUCACUUGUAUCCAAACGAAUCUGUCAUCAAAUCAGGACGAUUGACUCGAAAAAGAGGAUUGAUUUCAAAAAAGAGAAACUUGAUCUUAACAAAUAGACCACGACUAUUGUAUUUGGACGAAGGCAGUGAUAAAAACAAACUAGACGGUAAUUUACGAUGUGAAAUUCCUUGGACAUCACAGUUAUUACCCGAGCUUAAAGGAAAAUCAAUGUUUUGCCUGCAUACACCUGAGAAAACAUAUACGUUUGAAGAUAAGAAACAUGCUCAAGAGUGGGUCAAUACAAUCAAUGCCAUGUUGGUGGAUUCAUUUGGUGUAGCUUCUUAAGAUAACUUUAAAAUAAUAAUGAUAUUUAU